AUGGAUAGAUGGGAGAAACCGCUAAGAGACGAUAGGUAUAGACAGUACCAAAGGGAGAACCCAUCUUUCUCCUCUACUCUUCUUGAUUCUAUCUACCGUUCGAUAGAUGAAUCUGGAAAUGGUAAAAGGGAGGAAGAGCAGCUGAUUUUUUACAGAGAAACCAUGAGGAAUAAGCAUGGGAAUCAUGGUUUUAAAGAUGAAGAAAUGACAAGUUCGCAAAGAGCGUGCAUGAUAGAGAAGUGGAUGGAGAAGAAAGUUAGCUAUGAGAAGGUUGUCGGCAGGCGAAAAUCCACGGCGGGUUUUGACAAGAAAUCUCCGAAAGAUUUCGAUUCUGUGCUGUUAAAUUCAAGCUCGAGCUCCUCUGAAUCUAGCUGUGGUGGCGUUUUUUCAUCAUCAGAAUCUGAAUCAAUUUACGGUGUCAACUCAUCAACAGUUAGUUACACCAUGCAAAGGCCUAAGCCUAUCAGAACCAGCAUUUCUGCUAGGCCAGAGAAAUGCCAAAGACGUGAAGAUCAUCAUCAAAAUGAUAUGUUUCAACAUCAUGAGAGAAAUUAUGCACCAAACCAGAAGGCAAAACAUGAAGGCAGUUUUGUCAAGACAAAAUCGAAGGCCUUAAAGAUUUAUGGUGAUCUCAAGAAGGUCAAGCAGCCUAUAUCACCCGGCGGCAGGCUUGCAAGCUUUCUUAACUCUCUUUUCACUACAGGCAAUGCAAAGAAGGCCAAGAUAUCGACUUCGGGCGGCGGGUAUGAAGAGAGGAAGUUAAAAUCUGAGCAAGCAUCUACAUGCUCGUCAGCCUCUUCGUUUUCAAGGUCCUGCUUGAGCAAGACACCUUCUUCAAGAGGAGGGAAAUUAAGUAGCAACAAUGGAGCCAAAAGGUCAGUAAGGUUCUAUCCUGUUAGUGUGAUUGUUGAUGAGGAUUGUAGGCCUUGUGGGCAUAAAAGUCUGUAUGGAAGUGAUCAUCAGGAGAUGAGUAGUAGUACUCUAGUGGCAGCUGCAGUUACCACUGCCAAAAGAAGUACUAUUCCCGCAAGUGAUGAAGAGCUUAAGUUCCAUGUCAUGAAUGAAAAUCGCCGAAUCGAGGAAGUUGCAAGGAAUCUCUUAAAGAACUAUCAAAAGAAGAAGGAAGCGCAGUUUGAUAAUAUGAGUACUGAUCUUUGCAAUGACAAUAAUCAUCAAGUUUGUAGUGAGGAAGAGGAAGAAGAAUCUGACGAUGAUGAUGAUAUAGCAAGUUGUGCAAGUUCUGAUUUGUUUGAAUUAGAUAAUCUUUCUGUUAUUGGAAUUGAAAGGUACAGAGAAGAAUUGCCUGUGUACGAAACAACUCAUCUUGGUACCAAUCGAGCCAUUGCUAAUGGCUUAUUCCUGUAA